AUGAUAGCGAAACAGUUAGAUGACUUCGUUUCAAAAGGAAUACUUAUUCCAGUAGACAAUUCGGAUUGGGCUACACCUCUUGUGCCAUUAUUGAAACCUUCUGGCGAUAUUCGCAUUUGUGGUGAUUACAAAGUCACAAUUAAUCGAUUUUUAAUCGAUUUCAAAUAUCCAUUGCCACGGAUUGAUCAAAUUUUUGCUUCAAUGCAAGGAGGUAUUUUGUUUACUAAACUUGACAUGUCGAAUGCAUACAAUCAGUUAGUUUUAGACGAUGAAGCACAAAAAUUGUGUACAUGGAGUACACACAAAGGCAUUUUCAAAAUGGCACGUUUACCGUUUGGCGUCAAAAUUGCCGCCGCACUUUUUCAAAAGACCAUGGAAAAUCUCCUUAGUUGCUUCUCAAAUGUAUUCUGUUAUCAAGAUGACAUUGUCGUCACUGGGCCAACUCUAGCAGAUCAUUUGAAAACGCUAAAACAAGUUUUGAUUAAACUUCAGACAGCCGAUCUCAGACUAAACGUCAACAAAUGUGAAUUUUUCAAGGAAAAAAUUUCUUAUUUAGGAUUUGACAUUGACAAAAAUGGUUUAAGUCGGAACAAAGAACGAAUCAAGUCCGUUCUCAAAUCAACACGACCAAGGGAUGUCUCUGAAUUAAGAGCAUUUAUUGGCAUGUACAUUAAAGGUUCUUUGAAUACGGCUGAUAGUUUAUCACGUAUUGCACAAGUUUCUACAGCGGAAGAAACCAAGGAGAGUUCAUACAUAAAUUAUCUUCAAGGCAGUGAAUAUACAUCAUUUCGAAACAAAGCAACUGAAUUAUCUGUUGAAUCAGGUUGCAUUCUUUGGGGCUAUCGCACCGUCAUUCCAAAUGCUCUGCGUAAGAUCAUUUUGCAAGACCUUCACGCAUCGCACAUGGGAAUUGUAAAAACGAAAGCGUUAGCUCGUUCAUAUGUUUAUUGGCCGCAUAUUGACAAAGAAAUUGAAAAUUUGAUAAAAGGUUGUAUUUAUUGUCAAAAGACUCAAGCAAGUCCUGAGAAAAGUACUCUCAUGCCGUGGACACCCACUGAUUCAGCUUGGAAACGUGUUCACAUUGACUUUGCAGGUCCCGUUCGAGGCUAUUAUUUGUUUCUUGCAAUCGAUUCAUAUUCCAACAUCUUGGUUCAAGACAAUGGAAGACAAUUUACUUCUGCUGAAUUUAAACAUUUUUUGGAAAUGAAUGGCAUCGUAUACAUAUACACCGCACCUGGACAUCCAUCGACAAACGGUCAAGCCGAGAAUUUUGUCAAAACAUUGAAAAAGUCAUUAAUUGCAACGAUUGAGGAGAGCAAAAUAGGUGACUUCGACACCAUUCUCGAUAGAUUUUUGUUUGACUAUCGAAUUACAAAACAUUGCACAACUAACGAAACUCCUGCGAAACUCCUUCUCGGAAAAGAAUUAAAAUCGCGUUUUAGUUUGCUAAAACCGCCUGUAGUUACAGAUGUUAUCAAAGAAAAGCAACAAACCGCAAUUAAAAAUUAUAAAGGAAAUCGUAACGUAAAUUUUUCGGUAGGACAAAAAGUCUAUGUAAGAGAUUAUCGAAACCCAAACAAAGCAAGUUGGUCACAAGCUACCAUUAAAAAUAAAAUAGGACCACGUAAUUACACCUGUUUGUUACUCCGUGAAAAACGUGACAUUAAACGUCAUGUAGAUCAGAUCAGAGAUGGUGAAACUGAUGAUAUGGGGGGAGAUGAGUUGCCUCUGGAACUAAAUGAUUCGCAAGGUUCUGAGCAGGCACAUGAUGCAGCAACAAAUGAAAUUGAUUUGCCGUCUGACACAGCCGGUGACUCAAGUGACCUUGCCUUUGUGAGUUCUCAUUCACAAGAAGAAAAUGAAUUGGAAGAAUCCAUUCCCGACGUCAUCGAACGACCAGCAACCCGUCGUGUUGCCGCACAAGCGAAACAAAACAUCAAAGACUUUUACACGUCAAACCGUCGUCGCUAA